AUGGUUGGGAUCCUUGUUGCUGGUGGCCCUGAUGGUGGACAACUCAGAGCCCCCUUCCACAUGCUGUGUUGCCGCUAUGGCGCCGAUGUGACAUACAUGCCCACGCUCCCGCGCAUCUUCUCCGAGAAUGAGAAGUACAAGUCCAUGGAGUUCACCACGUGCAAGGUGCAAUUGGUUCAUGGGAGCUUCUGA